AUGAUCGUUAGUAGACCCGAAUUCCAGACAGAGCAUAGACCACAACGUGGAAAAUGCAAACAAGCCCCGCGCUCCAGACUGCCGAACGUCACCCUACACAUGCACGAUCCGGGCGGAGCAAUGCUCUCUGUGGCUGGCACCGAAGAAUCACCCUGGAAUUUGUGCCAGUUGUCAUGUCUGAUUUAUGAAUUUCAUAAAAUCGCCAAUAUUGGAACGAGCUUCCCCGCUCGCCCAUACCCUGGUGUUAACAAAUAA